AUGCUUAGAGAGCGUUAUGCAUUCAGCACCGUCCAGCAGCGCGCGUGCCUGCCCUUCCUUGCGGUGCGCUCUGCCCUUCCUCAAUCCGCCCCUUCCCUCACCCUCCUCCUCCUUCCCUCUCUCCUUUGUGCUUCCCCCAAUACCUCACCUCUUCCUCCUAUUUUCUCUCCCCAUCUGCUACGGCUCGUAGCUCCUUGUGGCGCGCCCUGCCCUUCCCACAAUCCGCCCCUUCACCCUCCUCCUCCUCCCCUCUCCCCCACUAGUUCUUUCUCCACUAUCUCACCCCUCGUCCACCUCUUUUCUCUCUUCAUCUGCUGCAGCUGCGGCACAGCAGCAGACUUCUUCGCCGCUAUCCCUCCUACUCUGGUUUCUCCCCUCAUCGGCGCAGCAGCACACUACUCCGCCAUUUUCCCUCCUCCUCUGGUUUCUCCGCUCAUCGGCGCAGCAGCAGACUACUUCGCCAUUUUCCCUCCUCCUCUGGUUUCUCCCCUCAUCGGCGUAGCAGCAGACCACUUCGUCAUUUUCCCUCCUCCUCUGGUUACUGCCCGCAUUGGCUCGGCAGCUGACUACUCCGCCACUUUCCCUCCUCCUCUUCUUUCUCCCAUCAGCGGCUCAGCAGCAGACUACCCCGCCCUUAUUCCUCCGCCUCUUAUACCUCUCCCCACAUCUGCUCUUCAGCUGUUUCCUCCUCCUCAUGGCGACCUCUCUCGCCCUCCCCUCCCUCCCUCUGCUGGUCCUUCAGCUUGCGCCCGAUGGCAUGGCUUUAACCUACGGUUUGUCACUCAGCAGAGUGGUUCUGGCGCCAUUCCCACCUCUCCCUCUGGACCCACCUCUUCCUCCUCUGACCCCUAUGCUGAUGGCCUCCGUGCUGCCAUUGCUGAAACUGAGCGGCUUGUGACCACGGCGCAAGCCACCGCCACGGCUGCUCCUGACAAUGCUGCUGCCCGUGACUUAGCUCGUAUUCUUGCUGAGUCCCUCGAGAGCACCCGCAAGCACCUCACUGAGCACCUCGCUGCCCCUUCUCCUCGCUCUGCAUCUACGCCCAUUUCCUCUGCUCCAUCUCACUCUGAUCUUCUCGCUGACUGGCAUGUUGCCAACGCACGUGCUUGUCAGGUCAUCCUUGCUUGCCUCCCUCCAACUCUUCUCCCUCAGUGCUCGCACAUCCGCUAUGCCAAGGACCUUCUUGGCUAUCUUACCGAGCGCUUCCAGACGCAGACUCCUAUCCAUGUCAUUGCCCUCUUACGCGAGCUCACCUCUCUUCGUCUUGCUGACUUCACCACCAUGGCGGACUACAUCACUCGUGUGCAGAUGCUGUCCUCCCAACUUGCCUCUCAAAAGUUUGAACUUUCCGAUCAUGUGUGCGGUGCCCUCCUCCUCACAGGCCUCACUCCUGAAUACAGUGUUCAUGUCACUCUGUAUGGUGAGCGCCCUGUCGACCAGUGGUCGUUCUCUCGUGUCUCUGCCUUCCUCCUCUAG